GCUUUGCUCCCCCAAUCACUCCCUAGAUAUUUUCUCGAUGAAGGUAAUUGUACUCAUCAAUUUACUCAUUCUCUCUCAUCAAUCUCCAAUCCAGUCCAAGAAUUAUUCCCAAUAUCCCUCUGAAUCCUCCGUCGCAUCACAGAGAUUUUGGGCUUUGAUUUUAGGGUUUGGCUGAAAUUCUAGGUGUUACACAGCUUGUUAUAUCUCGCAGGUUGUCAUCACUUUGAAUCGAAGCAAAUCGAUGAUUUUCAAGGCCUCUGAGCCGUUGCCUCAAAUGGGUUGCAAGAAGAAGAACAAGAGGCUCUUGAUGUUCAAAGGAUUCAAUCAAAGAUUAAACAUUUUGACGCAUCGGUUCGCGAAAUAGCUUCAUGGUUAGAAUUCUUGAUCAAUUAUUGUUUGGCUAGGGUAACUAUAGCUGAAAGUAUGCAACUGGUUGUUUGGCUAGGGUAACUAUAGCUGAAAGUAUGCAACUCUAUGAAUUUUAGCUGAUUACUGUUUGGUUUCGACGAUUGUGGGAAAGUUAUGCUGAUUUUUUAGUGAGACUAGUAUUUUUGUGGGAUUGCUUAUGGUUUGUAGAGUUGUAAUAAAAUUGGCAUUUGAUGGAGUUUUUAGGGAGGAAGAGGAAAGGAACUGAUAUUUUACCAACAAGUAGAAAGAACCCAACUCCAUUGACGACCAUGUGGUCACACAUGUCAUUGGAAGAUUACUCAAGGCAGAAAAAGAAGUGUAAAGAAGUAGUAGAUAUAGAAACUCUUAGUUCUAGUGAAAGUUUGGUUACUGGAGUUGCAACCGCACCACCUUGUGGGAGUUUGUCCUCAGACUCACCAGGAAGGGGUUUCAAGAGGAAAAUCGGGUGUAUUGAUGCAGCGACUCAAAUGGGGAGGAAAAAGAAGCUUGAACAAGAGUUUGAUUUGGGUGCAACAAUCGGGCGAGGGAAGUUUGGUUCGGUGGUCUUGUGUCGGAAUAAAGCAAGUGGAGAAGAGUUUGCAUGCAAGACAUUGCACAAGGGAAAGGAGAUUGUGCACCAGGAGGUAGAGAUAAUGCAGCACCUUUCUGGUCAUCCAGGUAUUGUGAUACUGAAGGCAGUGUAUGAGGAUGCUAACUUAUUCCACCUCGUGAUGGAGCUCUGCUCUGGAGGACGGUUGCUUGAUCAGAUGGCUAGGGAAGGGCGUUAUUCUGAGCAACGAGCUGCUAAUGUACUUAAAGAACUGAUUUUAGUUAUCAAAUAUUGCCAUGACAUGGGUGUUGUCCACCGAGACAUAAAGCCUGAGAAUAUUCUCCUUACAACUUCUGGACAAAUGAAGCUUGCUGAUUUCGGAUUAGCUGUGAGAAUUUCAAAUGGUCAGUGCCUAACAGGUGUGGUUGGAAGUCCUGCCUAUAUUGCUCCGGAAGUUCUCUCUGGUGGUUAUUCAGAAAAAGUUGAUAUCUGGAGUGCUGGUGUCCUCCUCCAUGCACUUUUAGUUGGAUUGCUCCCAUUUCAUGGUAAUUCUAAGGAUGCCGUAUUUCAGGCUAUCAAGGAGGUAAACCUUGAUUUUGCCAGUGGAGUAUGGGAAUUGAUAUCUCAUCCUGCUCGUGAUCUGAUUACUCGUAUGCUGACAAGGGAUGUUUCAGCAAGGUUUACUGCUGAGGAAGUACUGAAACAUCCAUGGAUUUUGUUCUACACAGAACCUACAUUGGAGAUGCUAACUUUCAAGCCAAAAGUGAAAAACCAUGUAAAAGUGACUUCGCGACAACUGACUGCCAUACCUAGGAUGGAUUCGGAGAGAAACAAGAUAAUAACCAGUGGCUCUCUCAGUGAUGACUCUAGUCCAAUUUUGGUGUCUGAUAGUUCAACUAAGAAGCCUGAAGAUGAGGACUCUGGUUUGGUUGAUGUUCUUGCAAUGGCAAUUUCGCGUGUGAGGAUAUCUGAGCCAAAGAGAAGCAGGCUAUGUGGCCCUCCCACUUCAAUCCAGCAGGAGCAUUCAUCUAACAUGAAGGUUAACAACCUCUGUACAGCAUUUUGACUUUGCCUAAAUCCGCUGACGCAUCAGCCCCUGUUACCGUUACUAGUUAUAGCCAGGAUAGAAGGCGACUUUAGCAGCAGCUUUACCAGGUGGGGAGGACAGAAGAAAUAAUGAGCUGACUCUUUGACUGCAAGUAUACAACAAAGCGCUGAUUCAGUAUUCUUUCCCAUUUGCUUUGGAAAUGAGAGGUAUUAAUAAUACUUGAUUAUCUGUGUAUUUAUGUUGUGUUAACUAUGUUUUUAACCUGACCCUAAUGAGAGAUAUGAUUCGGUUUGUAGAUCUCAUGUAAAUAGAAUGUAUUAAUGGUGUUUUGCAUAGUGGUGGAUAUGCAAUGUGCAAUAAACAGUGUGUUAUGUUUUUUACUUGC